GCCGACAUUUUUAUUUAUUUACCUAUAUUUAAUGUCAUAUUUGUUGUCUUCCAGGUCAAUGGAUUUGAGGUUAAUAGGAGUCGAAUCGGGAGUCAAAGGAAGCCAAUAAAGAAGACCAAAGAAUCUAAUUUUAAUAGGCGUCAUAAAGAAAUAAUAAAGUUAAAUUACAGUUCCAAGAAACUGAAUGCAAAAAGAAAUUUAAUUUUAAGACAUUUCGAUUUAUAUACAUUAAGAAAGGUUUUUAAUAAAUCUUUUGUGUUAGAUAAAGCAUGUAGAGAAAUCGAAGAUGAAAUUUUUUUUGAUCAAUAUUUAUCAGAAGAUUCUGGUGAGCUUAUCAUAGAAAAUGAUAAAGAUUUUAAAAUGAUAGCUAGGCUAAAAUCACAAAAAUUUAAAGCUGGUUUUAAAGUCGAUGAAAAAUUUAAAGUCGUAAAACAAUCAGAUAACGAUUCAAGUACAGAAAUUAAUUUGGACAGUAAGAUAAUACGGAUUGAAUGUAAAUAUGUAGAAAUCGAAGACAUAUGUGAAGUUGACGUUAAUAGGGGGGUUCAGAAAGAAGAAUUAAAAUCAGAAUUCUCAGAUGAAUGUGAUCACGCUGGUGCUGUCGACGAUUUGGAUUUGGAAAAUUUAUUAGUAAUGAUGGCACUGUCUUCGAAACCCGAACUGGAUGGAGUUGGAAUUAAGUUGCUUAAUAAUGAAAACGAGAAACAAAAUCAAUUUGCUAAAGAUUUUGUUCCUUUAGCGUUACCUUCGAACAUUUGCAAUGAAAUCAGUAAUGUUUUGAAAAUAGUCCCGUUUAGGCUAGAAAUGAACAAUCGCAAAAUGUAUCUUUCGAUGAAAUAUGUCCGAAAAUGGAAAACUUAUGUCAAAAGAAAACAAGAUUUUUUUGUUGAACAAAGAAAAAAAACGUUAAAUACAUUUUUUGAAAAGUUAGAGAAGAAAAAAUCUAAUAUUAAUCAAGCAAAAGAUUACACAAGUAGAGCAAAGUCUCAGGUUAAAGACUACAAAACUUAUCAACAAAGGUACAAAGUUCAAAAACACAUAAUUGCUUUACAAAAGGCUAAACUUGAAGAACAGAAUAGAAUUAUAGAAGAAUUGAAAUACAACAAAAUUCUAGAAGCUUCGCGACAGUCAGUCGAUGAAAUGAGAGAAGAAGUUCGUAAAUCUUAUUUCGAAAUAGAUAGACAGUUAAAGCCUAAAAUAAAAUGUUUGACCAACGAACUAAAGAUACCUGAAGUUGAUGAAUCGUCGUUGGUCCUUCAUUGUUUAAAGGUGCCGCAGUUUUUACAAAGAAUGGAGAAAAGAGCACGUGAAAGAGAAGAAAAACAUGCUAUGAUACGAGAAAGACGUAAACAAAUGGAAGAAGAUAGAAUUAGACUGAAGCAACAGGAAGAAUUAUCAAAGGCCGAAAUGGAUAAAGAAGAAAAACUUAGGAGGAUUACAGAAUUGCGUGAAAAAAGAAAAAAGGAUAAAAUAGAAAGCAUUAGACGGAAGCAAUACACUGAAAGAAUGAGAGCUCUUAGAGUGAUGGCUGACCUACACUACGAGAGAUAUUUAAUGGUUAAUUAUGCUAUCAGACCAUUAAAAAAGCUAUUAGAAAUAAAACGACACAACGUAGAGAUGGCGGAGUCACAUUAUAAUUUCCAACUAAAGAAAAACGUAUUCUUAAAUUUCAUGUGGUAUACAGAAGAUAUGGUUUUCGAAAGAAAUUAUGUGGCACAAAAUUUUUACCGAAAAAAAGUACUAAGAAAAUACUUUGAAGGAUUUAAGAAGAAUCAUUAUGAAUUCGUUUUGAAAAUGCAAGUAGCCGAGGAUUACUAUGACUACUACGUUACUAAUUUUAUGUUUCGAAAAUUUAAAGAAGGAAUAAAUGUUUUACGAAAGGAGUUUGAAAUUAAAGUUCAAAGAGCUGAUGCAUACUAUGAAAGUAAUCUCCUGUUUAAGACUUUUACAUGUUGGCGUACGUUGCCGGCUUUGAACGCACUCAAGAGAGAGCAAGAGGCGAGGAAAGCCAAAUGGAGACAGAAGGUUUUACAAGUCGUCCCUGAUUACACUCCGCCGGAUGACUGACUGAUUACCUAUUCUUAUUGUUUCACUGGUUUAAGGUAUUGCAAUCAACUUUAAAGUCAUCUACUAUUUCACAAUAGUAGCUACGUUUUUUGUCAUAGUUCGAUAUUUCAAUUAAACCAAUUAUUGCUUAAUUACUUUACUUUACACUAUAGAGUAUACUAAAUAGUACUUAAGGGGCAUGAUUGUUGGAAUGAGGGUCACCAGACUGCCUAGUUUUAUGUCAAUUAUUUUAAUAAUGAAACUAAGCUCAAGUCUACG